AUGAAUCUCAGGAAGAGUGGCGCUCCCUUCUUCCUCUGCUUCGCCCUGUGCUUCGCGAGCGUUUGUGAGGCUGCGGCGCUCGAUGCGCGCCUCGCGCGAGAGCAGCCUCCACGGAACGGGACCUCCGUCCAUAUCCCAGCAUACAUGAUGGCCCUUUACAGGACUUUAUCGGAGCUGGACCGACGAGGGGCCAACGACAGCCUGGCCCGCUUCAGGAGACACGCCAACACGGUGACCAGCUUCAUAGAGCAGCGGCAAGAGGAGCCCUCGGUCGGGUCCCAUCAGCGCUAUAUCUUUGACCUCUCUGGCCUCUCCAGGAUGGAGGAGUUGGUGGAGGCAGAGCUGCGGGUUCUGCGGAGGCCUCCGCCUGACUUUGGGAAAUUACUGUCCCAGGGAGGAAGCCUGUACCGCCUCCUCCUCUACAGCUGCUCCCGUCUUAGCUCCUCAGACAGGCCUCUACUACUCACCUCACAGACCAUUGACAUUCUGGACACCUUCUCAGCCACAUGGGAUGUGUUUGACAUCCUUGCUAUUGUGAAGGCCAGUCGCAAAAAGCGCAGGACAGCUCGAGGAAGCAACUUUGUAUGUUUUAAUGUCGCUGUUGUUUGUGACUCAACAAAUGAAGCAGUGUACCCUCCAUUGCUGGGCCUAGGAGGGGAAGCCCAGGGGGGCCAAGAGAGGGCCUUGCUAGUGGCCUUUUCCCGCACCCGAAGGAAAGACAAUCUAUUCAGGGAGAUCUGUGAAAAGAUGAAGGCCGUUCAGAAUGGGAGCCCACCAGGGCCAACAUUUGAGGGUAGCAGCCGGCCCAGGAGGCGACGGAAGAGGAGGACGACUCUAGCGGGACGUUCCAGUGGAACAGGGGGUGGUGGUGGUGGGGCUGGAGGAGGUGCAGGCGGGGCAGGUGGUGGGACAAAAGGAGGAGGAGGUGGUGGUGGAGGUGGCAGGAGGAGGACCCGGUGUAGCCGAAAGCCGCUGCACGUCAACUUCAAGGAGCUGGGAUGGGAUGACUGGAUCAUUGCACCGCUGGACUAUGAGGCAUAUCACUGUGAGGGUGCCUGUGACUUUCCCCUGCGCUCGCACCUCGAGCCCACCAACCAUGCCAUCAUCCAGAUCCUCAUGAACUCCAUGGACCCGGAGUCGACGCCACCCAGUUGUUGCGUGCCCUCCAAACUCAGCCCCAUCAGCAUCCUCUAUAUUGACUCCGGCAACAAUGUGGUUUACAAGCAGUAUGAGGACAUGGUGGUGGAGCAUUGCAGCUGCAGGUAG